AUGGAAACGGAGGAAGCAGUCAGGGAUUACUAUGGUAAAUCGUUAACAUCUUCAAAUGAUCUGACAACCACAAAUGUGAUCCAGUGUUCCAGGAAUGCUGGGAAAUUAGCGACCUUUGUCACGGAAGCUCUGUCACUUGUGCAUGAAGACAUCACAAACAGGACCUAUGGCUGUGCCACAGCUUACCCUGAAGCACUUGAUGGAGCCAAAGUGUUGGACCUUGGAGCGGGCUGUGGGCGGGAUUGUUUUGUCCUGAGCAACAUUGUUGGGGAGGAGGGUACAGUGGUGGGAUUGGACAUGACUGAUGAAUUGCUGCAGUUAGCACGAGAUAAAGUUGACUACCACACUUCCAAAUAUGGUUAUGCCAAGCCUAAUGUGAGUUUUGUCAAAGGUUACAUGGAGAACAUGAAGGAAGCAGGCAUAAAUGAUGACUUUUUUGAUGUUAUUGUAUCAAACUGUGUUAUCAGCUUGUGUACUGACAAAAGAGCUGUUCUGAGAGAAGCUUAUAGAGUCCUAAAGCCUGGAGGAGAGCUCUACUUCAGUGAUAUGUACCGCGAAGGACAGCUGCCUCCUGAAGUCUUGGAUGACAAAAAAUUGUGGUGCGAAGGCUUGAUUGGUGCAUUGACAUGCGCAGAACUACAUGAUAUAGCAAAAGAACUGGGUUUUACUACACCUUGUGUUGUCAGAGCAAGCAGUCUGCCAAUUCUUGAUGAAGAAAUCGAGAACAAGUUAGGCCAGGUGAGAUAUGCAUCUGUCACAUACAGACUGUUCAAGAGGUUGAAUAGAAAUGAUCAGGACAACAAGACCUCUGCAUUCGUCAAAUACCUGGGUGGGAUUAGAGGUUGUGAGGACGGUUUUACUUUUGACAAGGUCUACACAUUCAAGAAAGGGAAGAUGACCGCUGUGGACCCAGAGGUUGCUAACAUUCUGUCUACUUCCCGGUUUGUGACUUUCUUUGAUGUGGUUCUUGCAGCUGAACAAAGUACCCAUUCUUUUCAGAUUGUAGACCCAUUCAAGUUGAUCUGA